AUGGCAACGCGCCGGGCCGCACCACGGCAGCCGCCGAGGGACAAUCCUGCCGCGUCCGCAGCCUUCCGGGCUUUGCGCACAAGGCCCGCCCACCGCACCGCCCAUCCCCCACCUCGGUCCCGCCUUUCUCUCGCGUCUCCCGGGCAACGCGCGGUGUACGGCGCCUCGCGUCUGCGCAGAGGCUCGCUCCGCGUCUGCGCCAGCCUACAGAGCUUGGGUACCGACCUGGCUCCCGUUCUCGAGUCGCUCCCUAAGGUGGAAGGAGAGAAUCCUGCUGUUAGCCAGCAGCCCAGGCCCUCCGUCACAUGGAAGCUAGGCUCGCCCAUUGCCUGUGCGGUGGCCCCCCAGGCGACCACCAGUUCUGGCACCAGCCCGGCCUCGGCCUUCUUCCGGCGCAGUAGGCUCGGCAGCCGCCCCGACAUUCACGUACGGACCAAGCCGCAGAUCUGCUUCCUGCGGCCGCGGACCGCUCAGCCGCCGGUGCUCUUCAGCUUAAUGAAUUCCAGUGAAGCAGCAGUGAAAAAAGUUUUACCCAAGAGCCGCUUAUCUCGGGUGAUUAUUCGUGACAACCUCAGUGCACAACGAAUCUAUGAGAUGGAGGUAAAAGCUUCAGACAAGACCAAGAAAAAGAUGGGCCACUUGUAUGACCACCUGAAAAAAAAAUUCAUGACAGACCAGCUCAGAAAGCUGGGGCGCUGGCGACGGGAAUCCAUGAACGUCCGGCAGUACCUGGAUAGCAUCCGAGUGUACAAGGAGCCUAACAAGAAAGACCAGCCACCAUAG